AUGGAACAAAAACUGCUCUGUAAUCAAGUGGAAAUACACGGUAUUCAAGAAGAGGAAAAUGAAAAUAUAUUAGAAAUAUGCAAGAAUUUUUGUAAUAUAGUUAAAGUACCGCACGGGAGUGUUAUUAAGGCGUAUAGAAAGAAGUCCAGGAGAAAUCGAUCCGACAAGAAAGCGACAUCCCCAAUUGUGGUAGUUCUUUCCGACGAAGAUAAAAGGGAUAACUGGAUGGAAGCAUCAAAAAAAAUUAGUAUUACCUCGAAAGAUUUAGGAUUGCAAGGUGAGGGUAAGAUUAGAAACUUUGAAGCCCUAACACCUACCAACUCAUUUCUACUAUGGAAGGCAAAAUCCAGCCUCCAUGAGACUGGAUUGUGUAAAUAUGUUUGGUGUAAGAAAGGAGUGAUAAGAGUUAAAAGAGAGGAAGGAGACAGAACCUUUAUCGUGCGAUCAGAAGAAGACAUAGAAAAAAUAAUUUGUGAAUAUAGUGAACUGAAUUGUAUAGAGAAGGAAGACGAGGAGUAA